AUGAAUAUCCUGGAAUGGGCCUUUGGAAAGCGCAUGACGCCUGCGGAGCGUCUGCGCAAGAACCAGCGCAUGCUCGACAAGGCAAUUCGUGAACUCGACCAGACGAGAGUUAAGUUGGAGAAGCAAGAAAAGACCCUUAUCCAACAAAUCAAGACAAGCGCCAAGAAUGGACAAAUGGGAGCCUGCAAGAUCCAGGCCAAGGACUUGGUUCGCACGAGACGAUACGUCGAGAAGUUUUACAGCAUGCGCAGUCAACUACAAAAGAUUUCACUGCGCCUCCAGACAUACAGAACGAACGAAGAUAUGAUGCAAGCUAUGAAGGGCGCCACUAGGGCUCUGGGAAGCAUGAACAAGCAGAUGAACCUUCCCCAGCUCCAGCGAAUCGCCAUGGAAUUCGAGCGCGAAAACGACAUAAUGGAUCAACGAUCAGAGGUCAUGGACGAUGUAUUCGACGACGCCAUGGAUGUAGGAGUUGAGGAAGAAGGUGACGAGGUAGUAGAGCAAGUCCUGGAAGAGAUUGGCGUGGACUUUAAUCAAGCGCUUGGUGAAACUCCUACCGCAUUAGGAACCGCAGCUGUUCCUGAGGGCAAGAUUGCUCAAGCAGUUGGCGGAGGAGGCGGCGGCGGUGGUGGCGGUGACCCCGUCGAUGAUGACCUCCAAGCAAGACUGGACAGUCUGCGGAAAUAG